AGGACUAAUUAGACAGAGGGCACGUUUCCCCACGAGCUCGACGCGGAGCCACCGCGUUCUCCGGCGCUUGCGCGAUUUUGGACCGGAGUCCGUGUCUCCCGUUAAGCGCGCGACGAAACGCACGCACACGCGUCUCCCGCGUGCCCACAAAACGCACGUUUGUCGCGUGAGCGGGACUCGGUUCCCCCUUCCGAGCGGCUCGUGGUUCAUUCCAGCGUCUCCGUAUCCGCGGCGCGAGGUGUGUGUGCGCUGUCGUCGACGCUGAGCGGAGCGCCGACGGGGCUGCGAAGCGAAUUUCCAUGGAGGGGUCAAGACCGAGCGCACAUCUGCUCCCGUCGGACGCUUUCACGCCGCGCUGAUAACGGGAGUCCAGCGCCCGUCUGCACACAGCGCCCGAGGUGCCCGGACCCCCCGCGGGGGCCGCUCGCCGCCGCCGCCGCCGCCAUGACGUAUCCCAACGCCAGCUCGCCGCCGGGCAACCUGAGCGGCGCCGCGGACGGCCUCGGCUCCGGCGGCAACAUCUACCGGCCGUUCUCCGUCUUCAGCGUGCUCACGCUGACCCUGCUGGCGAUGCUGGCCGUGGCCACCUUCGUGUGGAACCUGCUGGUGCUGGUGACCAUCCUGCGCGUGCGCACGUUCCACCGCGUGCCGCACAACCUGGUGGCGUCCAUGGCCAUCUCCGACGUGAUGGUGGCCGCCCUGGUCAUGCCGCUCAGCCUGGUGCACGAGCUCAACGGGCGCCUGUGGAAGCUGGGCCGCGUGCUCUGCCAGGUGUGGAUCUCCUUCGACGUGCUGUGCUGCACGGCCAGCAUCUGGAACGUGACGGCCAUCGCGCUGGACCGCUACUGGUCCAUCACCAGGCACCUGGAGUACACGCUCAAGACGCGCAAGAAGAUCUCCAACGUGAUGAUCGCGCUGACGUGGCUGCUGUCCGCCAUCAUCUCCCUGUCGCCGCUCUUCGGCUGGGGGGAGACCUACUCGGAGGGCAUGAAGUGCCAGGUGAGCCAGGAGCCGUCCUACACCAUCUUCUCCACCUUCGGGGCCUUUUACCUGCCGCUCUGCGUGGUGCUGUUUGUGUACUGGAAGAUCUACAAGGCCGCCAAGUUCCGCAUCGGCUCCCGCAAGACCAACACGAUCACACCCAUGGCUGAGGUGAAAGCCGAGGCGCACCAGCCCCAGAUGGUGUUCACCGUGCGCCACGCCACCGUGACCUUCCAGACGGACGGCGACACGUGGCGGGAGCAGAAGGAGAAGAAGGCGGCGCUCAUGGUGGGCAUCCUCAUCGGCGUCUUCGUGCUCUGCUGGAUCCCCUUCUUCAUCACCGAGCUCAUCGUGCCGCUGUGCUCCUGCGACAUCCCGCCCAUCUGGAAGAGCAUCUUCCUGUGGCUGGGCUACUCCAACUCCUUCUUCAAUCCGCUCAUAUACACGGCGUUUAAUAAGAACUACAACAACGCCCUGAGGAACCUGUUCUCGCGGCAGCGCUGAGCCUUUCGCUCAGCUCCAACACUGCACCAGCAUGCACUCCACUCGUGUCGUCCCUCCUCCACGCAGAGAAGAAGAAGCCCACAGAAGGCACCGUGUAAACUAUGUCUCUUUUCUUUAGGUGGUGUUUUAUAGAUGGACUGAGAUGGCUCUGAGGGUGUCUGAACUCUGUCUGCAAAGAGGAGAAUAAACACAGCGCUGUCCACGGGUUGGUCCUCUGUCUCUUGUCUCAUACGCGACCUCUAAUUAGCAGCUUCGUUCUUAUUUGCGCGGCUGCUGAGGAUAGCGUCAAAGUGGGUCUGGGAGAAAUGUUGAAGAAUAUUCAUUUAGAAAUGAAAAAAAUAACCCAAACACCAGUUAGACAACAACAAAAAGAGAUUAGAAAGUGCAUUUAGUUGAAGAGACAAAGACCUUCAGCUUGGAGCCGCCGGUACUGAAUCGUCUGCAGUUUGUUCACAUAUCCGCCACUUAAAUGUGCAGGACAAUAACAGAAAACCACUUAUCAUCAUCUUGGAAUAGAGCCAUUGUUGAGUAACUGCGGCCACAAAUGAGCCCAUGGCAGAUUCUGAAGCAGACAAGAAGCAGAAGGGACAUUAAAAACACAGCUGACGUUUCGCUGACUGGAGAAGCCGCGGGCUGAGAUGCUUAGAGAAUGACUGGUGGUGUUACACUGGCACAAAGAACACUGGAUACGAUGAAUAUGAAGGUUGACCAUAUGACGUGUUAAUUUAGAUUUCGUCCUCUAAAUUACCCUAAUUUUUAUUAAAUUGUUUAAGUGGGUGAUUUGGGCUUCAUUUAAUGUGUUCAUUACCUUUAUCCAGGUUUGAAACAGCACAACUGAUUCUACUGGACAGUGUCUAAUAUUACAUAUGGUAAAAAAAAAUUCUGUGGAGUCAACUGAAGUGUAUAAAAAAUCUAUAUCACU